UUCGAAUGCAGCUUUCUGGGCAGCUCUCCAAAAAGCUAGAACUUUUGAUGUUGCUGAAACAAUGUCGUACGGACACGCGUGUUCAGGUUUUAGAUAAACGCCUGUAAAGUAUCGUACUUGAAAAUGUGCAUAUGCGCAUUGCACUCGUCGGAAUCGACGAUUUACAUUUUUAUUUCGUAAUGUUGCUGUUACGUCAAAACGGUAAACUCACUAUUUAAAAGUGUGCGCUCGAAGUUGAAACAUUGAAAUACUUUCCGCGACGAAAAUAAUAAAUACGAAAGUAACAGUCGGUAAUUGUUUGCGAUACUAGGACGUGUACACGCGAUUUCAUGCAAAUUGACUAGAGGCUCGAGGAAACAGAGAUAACGGAUAGAGGAGCAAUGCGCGGUUAUUUAUUACGAAUUGACGAUACCUGUUUCGUUGCAGAAACUCUGCUUCUAACCACGACGUGUAUCCGUCGUUCGGCAGCCUCAAUGAUGAUGACGAUCAUCUUUUGCUGGACAUGGACUCUAUGGUAACCAGAAAAAGCAACCAGAAGAAGUGCGAUUUUGGUGAGGAAACCAACGAGAUCGACGGUACCGGAUGGCCGGACAAACCUGUUAGGAACUGGUGUCAGGAGGAGACAAUAAAUUGGCUGAUGUUUGCAGCGUCCACUAUUGGUCAACCGUACAGUUCGAUUCAGCACAGUCUCGCAGUGCCUGGCAACGAAUUAAUCACCUUCACGAGAAAUGAUUUUAUCAAUCACGAUCCUAUAUAUGGGAAUCAGCUCUAUAAUCUACUUCACUCUCAACAACAUAUCUCGAAUUUCCUGCCAUCGUUCGAUACCAUUCAUCCCCAUUCCGAAGAUGAAUACACACGGACCAAUUCCAACAAUGCCUCAGAUGCGGAAUCAGAUAACAGUAUUGAAGUGUCCACUAAGCGCCCGCCGGGUAGACCAAGGGUAUUGAAACCAAAAAAAACUUCUACCAGUCAGGGAAAGCUUUGGGAAUUUAUUAGGGACUUGUUGCGCAAUCGAGAAACGUGUCCUAGCUUAAUUUGUUGGGAGGAUUAUUCGCAGGCGAAAUUUCGGUUUGUCAAGAGCGACGAAGUUGCGAAACGGUGGGGCUCUCGCAAAGGAAAUACAAAGAUGACCUACGAGAAAUUAAGCCGCGCCAUGAGGUAUUACUACAAAAGUAAAAUCUUUCUUCCCGUACUCGGUCGAAGAUUGGUCUAUCAAUUCGGGCCCAACGCAAAAGGCUGGCAGACUGACAAUCCGAACUUUCGGUACUGAUGUAUCACUAGGGUAAUCGAUUACUGAGCGCGAAGAAACAAGAAUGCAAACUUGUGAUUUGUAAAUACUUCUUCCAGUCAGGAUAAAAUUUUUCAAAGCAUUUUAACGUUGGAGCGAAAUAUUUUUUGACGUUUUGAUUAAGAACUUCAAAAGACUAAGAAGAAAAGAUCUAGUAUUAUAGGUGAUAUAUGUUGGCUGUAAAUAAUAAGAAAACAGUAUGAAUGAACAAAAAUUUCGAGAUUUUUCGUAUUCGUGUGCGCAUGUAUUUCGUAUGAACCAGUGAAAUUGAAUUUAGUCGUUUAAGAUUUUUACAGUUUUAUUUAAUUUUAAGCUUAAUAGAUCGUUUACGUAUGUAAAAGUAUACAUAUAAUCAAGAAAGGCAAUAAUUCUCGUGACUUACAAUCAAAUAAAUUCCUAUUCUUUUUUA